AUGACCGACCGGAACGCCGCUGCCAUGGGCAAGAGCGUCAAGGAGGACCCAGCCAAGGGUGACGAUGGCAAAGCCAAGAAUCGCGACAAGAGCUCGAAUAGCGCCGCCACAGGCAACCACAAGACUCCUACCAAGAAGAGACGCAAAGUGAACCACGCUUGCGUAUAUUGCCGACGAUCUCACAUGACAUGCGAUCUUGAGAGACCAUGCACGAGAUGUAUCAAGCGCAACAUCGGGCACCUCUGCCACGACGAGCCCCGCGACGCCGACUCCAAAAAGGCCAAGAGCGUCCAGAGCAUACAGAGCACCUCGGUCGUCGACGAGUCGGAUGCCCAGUCCGACAUGGCUCGAAGCUCCAUCUCGAGCACCAUGGGUCCACCGCCCAACUUUGAUGCGACGAGGCAGAGAGGUGCCAAGGGAUUUGGGGGCGUGCUGGGCCAGGGUAGCCCGCUGUCCAUUGUGCAACCCGGUCAUGUCUCCGGGCUGCAGGGAAAUACGUUGAACAACGGCAACAGCAACGCGAAUCAAUUCGCUGGCUUUCAAGAUGCGUGGAUGACGGCCCAGAACCACUUCCAUGACAUGCACAGCUUCCACCCCAACUACAUGAUCGCCCCCGAAGUCACCCACGAGUUCAACCUUCUCAACGACUUCCUCCACACCAGCCUGCUCGAUGACGGCGGGGUGCCGUCCGAAGACUCCCAGCAGAGCCCGGCGGCAUUCAGAAGGUCGAGCCAGUCGGAAAUGUUGCCUGGAUUCGGCAACAGCAGCAACUCCCUGGCAGCUGGCGGCUCGAACCCGAUGUCCAACAACAUGUCGGGGGGAUCGAUGCUGCCACCCCCGACCAACAACCUCGAGGGCAAGGCCAUCCCACGGCCGGGGAGCGUCGUGCCCGCCGACAAGGCCCGUGAAUACUAUCUCCAGGCCGCUGAUCCGUCGGGCAACGACACGCCCGAGGAGCGCAUGGCACGUGUGCUCAAGGCCAAGUACGACGCCGGCCUGCUCAAGCCCUUCAACUACAUCAAGGGGUACGCUCGCCUGGGUACUUACCUCGACUCUCACAUCGCACCAUCGUCCAAGCAGAAGAUUCUGCGGACCAUCAACCAGUUCCGGCCCAAGUUCCGUGAGAAGGCACAGGCCUUGACGGAUAUGGAGCUUGUGUACGUUGAGAUGUGGUUUGAGAAGCAGCUCAUGGACUACGACCGGGUCUUUGCGAGCAUGGCGGUACCAGCAUGCUGCUGGCGAAGGACCGGUGAGAUCUUUAGAGGCAACAAGGAGAUGGCCGAGUUGAUUGGCGUGUCAGUCGCCCAGCUCAGAGAUGGCAAGAUUGCGUUGCACGAGAUUCUCACAGAAGAAUCAAUGGUUCGCUACUGGGAGGAGUUUGGCACCAUCGCUUUUGAUCCGGCGCACGAGACCCUCCUGACGGCCUGCUCGCUCAAGAAUCCCACUCCUGGGUCAAAUCACCCCAUUGUGAAAUGCUGCUUCUCGUUUAUGAUUCGACGGGAUGAUCACAAAUUGCCAGCCUUAAUUGUGGGCAACUUUUUACCCCACGACCCGCCUUCGCAAUGA